CGGAACCAACUCAACUCAAAUUAGAAAUAUUGAAUUGGUAAUACAUCCAUUUUUAAUUGGGCUUUUUUCUCACCGAUAUUUCUCCUUGGAUAUAUUUCUUCAUAUUUCUAGCCCAGAAUUUGGCUGGCUUUUCCUACUCAUCUCCCACCUUUUGGAUUGCCAUGCACAAAUUCUUAUUCCCAUCAUUCCUCCGUCAAAACCCAAACUUCAAUCAAAAGCUUAAACGCCAACAAUGUAAGUUCCUGCUAAAAUUCUAACUCACGAAGACACUCCAUUGCUUUAAAAUAUGCAUUUCUUCCAUGGAAAAUGAGUUCUUUCCAAUGAAUACCUCCAAAUCGGCACAGUCACCACAGCAAUCUGGCGAGGCUGCAUCGUCUAUGAUUCCAUCAACACAAAUAGAGCUAGAGGUACGUUUGGCUCAGCAACAUGAGGGCCCAUCGUGUAUAAUUUCAUCUUCACAGGCAGAGUCACAGGCAGGGCAACAGGAAUUUAGAGAGCAAUCGUCAAGGUUUCAAGGUGUAUUUUAUCUACAAAAUAGUCAUUGGGGCGCUCAAAUCAACACUAUUUCGCUGGGAUUGUUCAAGUCCGAAGUAGCCGCAGCAAGAGCUUACGAUAGUGCGUCCCUCAAGCUCUUCGGCAAUAAUUUCAUGCGUAACUUGUUUUUAACAAGUGUCACAAUUCAUGAGUCCCUUUUCCAGAACAUGUAUAGCCUUGAAGUCAUCAUUAAUAUGAUCAAAGAUCGCUCCUAUGAACCCAAUUAUAUCAAUUUCCUUUGGAAUCACUACCCUAAUUUUCGGUAUGGUGACUCUUUAGCAAUGCCUACUUCCAUGUACGCCAUCGAUGGGACCUUUUCUAAGGAAAUAUUUCGUAAAGAGUUGCUUUUGACUGACAUUCAGAAUCAAAAUUUAAUUGUUAUACCUGAUCUAGCUCUGUUGUCCUUUCAUCCAAAGAACUCCAACACAGGCAAACGAUGGUUUGACUUUAAAGACAGGACGAAUCGGUCAUGGGCGUUUCAAUUAGAUUACGUGAAUACUACUCCAGAUUGCGCGUUCACUACGGGUUGGAACAAAUUUUUUAAUGAGAUGGAGCUUUGCGCUAAUGAUACUGUCGUCUUCUAUCGAUGUAAGAAUCUGCAAAAUUUUCCUGAUGAAUUUUUUAAUAUGAUUGAUGUGAUCCGGGGUAUCAGAAAACCUGAAAGUCGCGACGGCAUUGAGCCUCAUUAAAACCUGGAAUCUGCGAGGUUUUAUUUGAUUGAAACUUAAGGUUUAAUUAUAUU